ACACUGUCUCACCACUGGAUCUUCUCGACGACCAAAGUAGCCGGGCUCUUGUGUGUGUAUUAAUACACCGGAUACAUAGCACGGAGCCGAGCAGGGCUUCACAACCCCGUCACCUGUUCACCUUCCUGCAACACCCUUUCCGGCCCCGAUCCUCGCACUCAACAAGGUGUUGGCUUGAGACUCCAAAUUGACCCUUGGAGAAAAAAUAAUCCCAUCACAUGCUGUGACGAGGAGCUCGCCACAAAGAGGAGGUCCUGGAGCAUGAUGGCAGCAUGCAGUUUGAAGCAAUGCUUUGGGAUUGGGAUUCUUCUCGGGAUUGUUGUUUUGCAAGUUCAGGGUAACGAAGAGACGCAACUGAUCGGAGAAUUGUUCAAAAGCUAUAACAAGAACAUUCGCCCCGUGGUUCAUCCUGAGGACAAGGUGGAGGUUCAAAUCAAGCUGACCCUCACCAACCUGAUCUCUCUGAAUGAAAAGGAAGAGACUCUUACAACCAAUGUCUGGAUUGAAAUUCAAUGGGUUGAUUACCGUCUCGCGUGGAAUAUAUCCGAACACCACGGCAUCGAUGUCAUCCGCAUCCCUUGCAAAAAUGUGUGGCUCCCUGAUAUUGUCCUCGAAAACAACAUCGAUGGCAAGUUUGAUGUGGCUUACUACGCCAACGUAUUGAUUUCAAGCGAUGGUUCCAUAUAUUGGCUCCCUCCUGCUAUCUAUCGCAGCACCUGUGCCAUCGAGAUUACCUACUUCCCUUUUGAUUAUCAAAAUUGCACACUAGCAUUCAGAUCACAAACAUAUAGUGCCAAUGAAGUGGACCUAAUUUUAGCUGCUGGAGAAACAGGCGAAAGAAUUGAAUGGGUGGACAUUGACCCUGAGGCUUUCACUGAGAACGGCGAGUGGGCCAUUGUCCAUCGUCCAGCCAGGAAGAUAAUAAACACACGAUACUCCCCUGAUGACCUGGAGUAUCAGGAGAUCAGUUUUAACCUGGUCAUCCAGAGAAAGCCCCUUUUCUACGUGAUCAACAUCAUCCUGCCCUGCUCCCUCAUCUCAUCAUUGGUUGUUUUAGCAUACUUCCUACCUGCACAAGCUGGAGGACAAAAAAUCACAGUGUCAAUCUCAGUCUUACUGGCCCAGACUGUUUUCCUCUUCCUUAUUGCUCAGAAGGUCCCGGAGACAUCACUUUCUGUCCCCCUCCUUGGCAAGUACAUCAUCUUUGUUAUGUGUGUCACCACGCUCAUUGCUACCAAUCAAAUUGUGGUGUUAAACUUCUCCCUGCGCAGCCCCAGCACACACACCAUGUCCCACCAAAUCAAGCAUUUGUUUCUGGAGACAGUGCCCCGAUUCCUCGGCAUGUCGCCUCUGCUGGACGACACCGAGGUGACAUCAGAGGUGAACAACGUGAGAGAUCGAAAACGAGACUCCUUCGGCCUCAUGCAGAGAGCGGAGGAGUAUGUGCUCAAACAGCCUCGCAGUGAGAUGAUGUUUGACAAACAAAAAGAGAAGCAUGCGCUGAUGCAACCCAAUGUAGAUGGCGUUGAUGCCAACACUACGGCCAAUCUGUACAAGAGUUUAGCUCAAGCUGCGCCUGAGAUAAAGCAAUGUGUGGAUGCAUGCAAUUUCAUUGCAGAGACCACAAGACAACAAAACAACAUUGGCUCAGAAAUUGAAAGUUGGGUACUGAUCGGGAAGAUGAUCGACAAGGUGUGCUUCUGGGCCGCCAUUCUUCUCUUCAUCAUCGGCACAGUGGGCAUCUUCCUAACAGGCCACUUCAACAGGGCGCCUGAAUGGCCAUUUCCUGGAGAGAACAACAAAUAUGCCCCGAAAUGAAAAAGAAAAAAAAAAAGGAAAUCAAUCAAUUAAAUCGCCUGAGACUUCCCAAAGUUCAGUGUACUUCACGCUGUGUGUGAGGCUGAUGGGUGUGUUCUCCUCAUGGCCUGAAUCCAAUUUGCUCCAAGAUGUGACAUUGCGCAGGCCCUGAGAUUCCAGGCAGAAUUGCAACCCAGAUCUUCAUCUCUGUGGUAAUUAUUUAGACAUACACUUAAAAAGGUGGGUCAGAACUCAUUCAAAUGUUUUAAAUCAUUUCAUCAUCAUACAAAUUAUGCAAGUUUUAGGUGGCGACUGGACCUGCCGUGUGAAUGAAAGGAAUUCAUACUUAAUAUUGUAUGAGGUGGAACAUGGGGAGGUUUGAGGCAAAGGGUUUUAUUCUUUUUUCAGACUGUAUCAUAAUGUUGCCUUGUUUGGGUGUGCCUUUAGUGAGUCAACACAUUGCAAACAUCUCCGAUAAAGGUCGAGUUUUUCUUUCUAGUAGCUACUAUGUCUUAUUUGAAGAACAUAGUGUGGAAAAUUAAGCCAGGGAAAUCAUCUAAGCCUUUUUUGUUCUUAUCAUAACUUAUUUAUCAGGAUGCCUUGUAGGAGGAAGACAGACUCCGGGGGAGCUAAUGUCUUGAUGUCACUGUGUCAUAUGUUUUCUAAAUAAAUAAUUGAAUACAGUAUA